GCUCAGGAAAGCAACGACGACAGCGAUGUUAGGAUUUUGGACGACUUUGUUUGGCAGACGCAUAUCGACUUUUAGGACCAGGACGAAUUCAUCGUCCAACGCUAGUGCCGCCAGAAUCGCACACGUCUAUUGUUCAGCCUCGGAGCACGGUCCGCGUCCGCGGCUCGGAAUAGUACAACUAGACCGACUUUAUUACCUUCUCAUGACUUCUGGAUUUCGAAAAAAAGCAGAGGCAAGAAUUUCGUCUCGAAUUUUAGCAAUGCCUCCGUAACUUACUCGUGCUUGGGUACUCGAUGUUGAAAUUGAGAGGAUCUAUUACACCGGUGCAGACACUGACUCUUUUUCGCAAUAAGGUCCUCAUUUGUACUUCUACUUAACUUGUUUGAUCGGCUUUCCUUCUUCUCUUCUUCCUUGUGUUUCCUGUAAAAAAAGUUUCAUUGUGUUUCUGUUUUCCUUUCCAGCGAAGACCUGAGCGAGAUAAGGGAAGCCCGGCUGAUUGCCACGGGCUGGAAAAUCUCGGGCACGCGCUCCUGGUACAAGGUUCGGCCGGAAAAUUCGGGACAUGAUCGGGCAAAAGCGAGCGAAACCUGGAGAAUUGAAGGAGAUGAAAAAUCCGAUGUGUACCAGAUUCAACUUCCAACAUAUCACCUUUCCGCAAGGAUGGAGCUUCGAGCAAAAAAAUACGUCCCGUUUUUUUCACGGCCCUCCUCACGAAGGUACUCCAACUCGCUCUAAUGAACAAAGUUCUUUGAUUUAAGAAGAUUAAGAUUUACGGUUUGUAAUAUGUGGAUGUCAAUGACAAUGUGGGGUAAUUUGCAUUGAUUUCUUCCUGUUGUAUGCCCUUCUGACCCGCUCCCGCGCCACGCUGAACGGUAUCGGAACGGAGGAAGCCGUGAUUCCUGGUUUUGUGCGGUGGAAAGUAGAAGUCAGUGUGUUUUUUGAUUCCUGCAGGAGCGCGUCUGCUACAGAGCCGUACCCUACAGAAACAAUACUCAUGACCACAAUUUUCCAUAAUCGCAAAACAACAGAUGGCACUCCGCGUCCGUCGACGAAGGUGGCGUAUCACUUCUUUACCGAGCUAAUAGAGCAUGACCCGGAUGUGGCCAAGAAGUUCAUUGAAGACAAUGGGUGGGAAAACGCGCCCGAGGUAAAACUCGCCUACAAAAUUGUCGCGAAAGAAGAAAUGAGGUAUGAGGAAUGGGAAGCCAAAAAGAAGCAAUUGCAGCUUGAGCGCGACGCCGCGGACCCGGAGGGCGCAGAGGAAAGAAGACUCGCAGAGAAAAGAAGACUCGCUCGCGAAAAGGCAAAGGAAGAGAAGCGGAUGCGAAUAAAAUACGAGAAGAAGAGACGAGACAAUUCACCCAAGCCCAGCAGCGAUUCCUCCUCGUCCUCGUUCUCGUCCUCCAGCUCGGACAGCAGCGACGUGGACCUGGAGCCGACCAACAGUGUCGAGCCGAAAGGCACAAAGCCGGCUGUUUCCUCCGCUGUGCCGCCAACCGCCAGCCUCACAGCCGCUGGCUGCAAAUCGAGUACAAGAGGGGGGCAGCUGGACAAGCACACCAUCUUAUCGAAGUUAAUAGAGCACGACCCGGAUGCGGCGAAAAAGUUCUUCCAAGCCAACGACUGGGAAACCGCACCCGAGGUGUUGCUCGCGUAUAAAAUCGCUGCGAAGGAGGAGCAGAUGACUGACGAGGCGCGGGAAGUCCUCAACAAGAAGAAGAGGAAGGUGGCACGAGAUGGCCUGGAACCGGAGGGCGAAGAAAGUAGAUAAAAAAAGAGUCGUCGCCCACGCGCAAAGACGGACGGGGAAGCGUACGCGCAUACAGUUGGAGAAGAAGUCGAUAGGGAAUACAGCCUGGCGGUUCCAUCAUUUUGGCCGUGGGCACUCCCGGUAGAUUCCGUCAUUGUGGCCGUAGGCAUCCACGAAAAGGUCGACACCCAUGGUGCGCAUUGUUUUCGCCGUCUAGGUUUUUGUUGGCGCAGUCGUGACAAUACUCGGCAUUGUACUCUGGGUUGAGAUGAGAAAGUAGAAGCAAGCGUAUGAAAUAAAUCGCAUACUGGGCGAAUGAAGGAUGUAGCAGCUGCACUGCUUCAGCUGGUGUAAAACGAAAAUCGUGGUGAUGCGUGGUCGAGAGGAUUUCACGUCCUGCUUUUUCUCUCUCGUUUUUGACUUGUCGAUCUGCAUCCACUCUCUCCGCGCGUGUUAAUUUUUUUUUUUUUGAUUUGCCCCGCAGCGGCUUUCCAUCGAC